UCCAUUAUUACAAAACAGACGCGCUGAAAACAUUCAACUUGGCGACAACGUUUCGCUGAGGAGCUUCAUCAUCAUUCACCAUCACCAACACCUUCACCUUCACCUUCUUCUCCACCAUGGAACUUUUCUGAAGCUUCGUUUUCACUCAAUCACUACAACACCAUCCGUUGAUUAAUCCCGCUAGAAUUUUCCCCCAAAAAAAUUGAAAAAAUUAUUAUUUUAAUCUUAAUCUCUGCUGGAAAGCCACCGAUCUUGCGUUUUUCUUCAAUUUGAGGGGGUUUUGGAACCUGGGUUUGGAGAAAGUUUUGUUUUUGGCUUCUGGGUAUCUGAGUGUUUUCAUUGAAGGAGAAGAAGAUGAGUAACCAGAGGAAGAAGAGUUUUCAGAUUGAGGCUUUCAAGAACCGGGUCGUCAUGGAUCCGAGGUACGCUGACAAGACAUGGGACCUUCUGGAACAUGCAAUUCGUGAGAUAUACAACCACAACGCUAGUGGUCUCAGCUUUGAAGAGCUUUACAGGAAUGCAUACAAUAUGGUUCUUCACAAAUGUGGUGAGAAACUAUACUCAGGGCUGGUUGCCACCAUGACUGCUCAUCUCAAAGAGAUAGCUAGAGAUGUUGAAGCCACUCAAGGAGGUUCCUUUCUGGAAGAAAUGAACAGGAAAUGGAAUGACCAUAUUAAGGCAUUACAAAUGAUUAGAGACAUUCUGAUGUACAUGGAUAGGACUUACGUACCAGGCAACAAGAAGACCCCUGUUUAUGAACUUGGCCUGAAUCUCUGGAGAGACAAUGUUGUCAAUUCAGACCAGAUAAAGCCUCGAUUGUUGAAUACACUCUUGGAAUUGGUUCACAGUGAACGCUCUGGUGAAGUUAUUAAUAGAGGACUUGUUAGAAAUAUUACAAAGAUGCUAAAGGAUUUGGGUUCUUUUGUUUAUGUGAAAGAAUUUGAGUUUCAUUUUCUUCAAGUUUCAGCUGAGUUCUACAUGCUAGAAUCCCAGAAAUUUAUUGAGUGUUGUGAUUGUGGGGAUUAUCUGAAGAAAGCUGAGAGGCGUCUAAAUGAGGAAAUGGAUAGAGUGAGCCAUUACUUGGAUCCCAUGACUGAAAAGAAGAUUACUAAUGUGAUGGAGAAGGAGAUGAUUGAAAAUCACAUGCUUAGAUUAAUCCAUAUGGAAAAUUCUGGGUUAAUUAACAUGCUUAGUGAUGAUAAAUAUGAAGAUUUGGGUAGGAUGUAUAGCUUGUUCCGUCGUGUUGCUGAUGGUCUCUUGAAAAUACGUGAAGUGAUGACUUCACACAUCAGAGAGUCUGGUAAACAGCUUGUUACUGAUCCAGAAAGGUUGAAGGACCCUGUUGAAUUUGUGCAAAGGCUCUUAGAUGAAAAAGAUAAAUAUGACAAGAUUAUAAAUUUGGCGUUUAAUAAUGACAAGUUAUUCCAGAAUGCUUUGAGUUCCUCAUUUGAAUACUUCAUUAACUUGAAUCCUCGUUCUCCGGAGUUCAUUUCACUAUUUGUUGAUGAUAAGCUUCGAAAAGGUCUGAAGGGGGUUAGUGAGGAUGAUAUAGAGACUACUCUUGACAAGGUGAUGAUGCUAUUCCGGUACUUGCAAGAAAAAGAUGUGUUUGAGAAGUAUUACAAACAGCAUCUAGCAAAGCGGCUUUUGUCUGGAAAAACCGUUUCUGAUGAUGCAGAGAGAAGUCUCAUAGUCAAGCUCAAGACAGAAUGCGGUUAUCAAUUUACCUCUAAAUUAGAGGGCAUGUUUACUGACAUGAGAACCUCUGUAGACACAAUGCAAGGCUUUUAUGCCAGCCACCCUGAGUUAGGCGAUGGCCCUACACUUACUGUGCAGGUUUUAACAACAGGGUCUUGGCCAACUCAAUCUAGCUUGACAUGUAACCUGCCAGCUGAAAUGUCCGCACUUUGUGAGAAGUUUCGGUCAUAUUACCUCGGCACCCACACUGGCAGGAGAUUGACCUGGCAAACUAACAUGGGCACAGCAGACUUAAAAGCUACCUUUGGAAAAGGUCAAAGACAUGAGCUAAAUGUCUCCACCUACCAAAUGUGUGUCCUCAUGCUGUUCAACAAUGCUGAGAGACUAACCUACAAGGAAAUUGAGCAAGCAACUGAGAUUCCUGCUUCAGAUCUGAAGAGGUGCCUGCAAUCAUUGGCUUUGGUUAAGGGAAGAAAUGUUCUGAGGAAGGAGCCUAUGAGCAAGGAUGUUGGUGAGGAUGAUGCAUUCUUUGUUAAUGACAAGUUCAGUAGUAAACUGUACAAGGUGAAAAUAGGAACUGUAGUUGCACAAAAGGAAUCAGAACCUGAGAAACUGGAAACUCGACAAAGAGUGGAGGAGGACAGGAAGCCGCAGAUUGAGGCAGCGCUAGUGAGGAUCAUGAAGUCGAGAAAGCAACUUGAUCAUAACAAUCUCAUAGCUGAAGUCACAAAGCAGUUGCAGUCACGAUUCCUUGCAAAUCCAACAGAGGUGAAGAAACGGAUCGAGUCUCUCAUUGAGCGGGAGUUUUUGGAGAGAGAUGAUGUUGACCGAAAACUGUACCGAUAUCUUGCCUAGAAUUGGUAAGCUUUUGUUCAUUUCAGUUAAGUUUCAGUGAUACAAAUAUUGUCUUGUGAACUAUGUGUGGAGAAUGACCUUUUAGCAGAUUCUUUUUUUUGACGGAAAACCUUUUGGCAGAUUCUUAAUGUACACUGAAUUGUUCCUUCAA